UUCAGCAGGGAGGGAACCUCUCAACAGCCACGUAGGCAUUCUCUUCUCUCUGGAGGAAAAGGCCCAGCAGCUGUCCACGGAAAAGACCCACCAGCUGUCAGCAAAGGGACAUGUCGCAGCUAAGUAAGAAUCUGGGUGAUUCGAGUCCUCCAGCGGAGGCCCCGAAGCCGCCUGUCUAUAGCCGCCCUACGGUUCUGAUGCGGGCCCCGCCCGCUUCCUCCCGGGCUCCUCCAGUCCCCUGGGAUCCACCUCCAAUUGACUUGCAGGCUUCAUUGGCCGCUUGGCAGGCAACCCAGCCUGCCUGGGAGGCCCCGCAGGGCCAGCUGCCCGCCCCGGUGCCUCCGAUCGCCCAGCCUCCAGCCCUAGGGGGCCCGAUAGUCCAGGCUCCCCCUCUGGGGGGCCCGAUGGGCAAGCCUCCGACUCCUGGAGUGCUAGUGGUCCAUCCCCCGCCUCCGGGAGCCACGAUAGCCCAGCCUCCGACUCCGGGAGUCCUGAUGUUGCAUCCUUCAGCUGCCGGAGCCCCUCUGGCCCACCCUCCCCCUCCGGGUACCCCAAUGGCCCAUCCUCCCCCUCCGGGCACCCCAAUGGCUCCCCCUCCCCCUCCGGGGACCCCAAUGGCCCACCCUCCCCCUCCUGGGACCCCGAUGGUGCAUCCUCCCCCUCCGGGGACACCGAUGGCGCAUCCUCCCCCUCCGGGGACACCGAUGGCCCAGCCUCCAGCUCCAGGAGUCCUGGUGGCCCAGCCUCUAACUCCAGGAGUCCUGAUGGUCCAAUCUCCUGCCCCGGGAGCCACGAUGGCCCAGCCUCUGACUCCAGCCACCGUGAUGGCCCAGCCUCCACCUUCAGCAGCCGCGAUAGCCAAGCCUCCAGGUCCAGGUGUCCUGAUGAUUCCUCCUCCAGGUCCGAGAGCGCCAAUCACCCCACCUGCAGCUUCAGGAGCAGCGGUCGUGCAGCCGGCUGCCCCACCUGCGCAGCCUAUGGCUUCUUGGUCCCCGCAGGGUCAACCUCUGAUCCUGCAAAUCCAGUCUCAGGUUAUAAGGGCUCCUCCGCAGGUUCCCCAGGGUCCACAGGCACCCCCUGCACAGCUGGCAACUCCCCCAGGCUGGCAGGCCACCUCACCAGGGUGGCAGGCCACACCACAAGGCUGGCAGCCUCCACCUCUGAGCUGGCAGGGCACGCAGGUCACCUGGCAGGCACCGGCAAUCGCCUGGCAGGCUCCACCGCCGGUGCGCCAGGGCCCCCCACCCAUCUGCCCUGGCCCACCACCUAUCCGCUCUGGCCCACCACCGAUGCGCCAGGCCCCGCCGUUGAUCCGCCAGGCUCCACCUAUCAUCCGCCAGGCACCACCGCUGAUCCGCCAGGCACCACCACUGAUCCGUCAUGCACCACCACCUAUCCGACCUGCCCCACAGGUCAUGGCCACCCAGCCACCUCUCUGGCAGACCCUACCGCCCCCACCUCCUUUGCGGCAGGCCCCGCAGGCUCGGCUGCUGGCCCCUCAGGUGCUCGCGGCGCCGCAGGUGCCUACGUGCCCUCCUGCUACGCAGGUACCCGCGGCGCCGCUCCCUGGCCCGCAGGUGCCCCAGCCAGUACUGCCGGCCCCGCUGUCUGUCCCAGUGUCUGCCCCUCAGGCUGUGCACUGCCCCUCCAUCAUUUGGCAGGCCCCCAAAGGCCAACCCCCAAUCCCACAUGAGCUGCCAACGUCAAUGGAAUUCCAAGAGGUGCAGCCAACCCAGGCAGUGGCCUGGCAGGCCCCAAAGGCCCCUGCUCACUUCUGGCAGCCCAUACCUGCCCAGGAGGCCCAGAGGCAGGCUCCCUCGGUUGUCCAGCUGGAGCAGCCCUUUCAGGGAGCCCCACCCUCCCAGAAAGUCCUGCAAGUCCAGCUACCCACCCAGCAGGCCCAGCCCUCGGGUCCGGAAGCAGAGCUUCCUGCAUUGCAGCACCAACCCUCCUGGCAAGGCCCGCCAGCAGUCCUGCAGGCCCAACCUGGAGCCCCCAUAGCCUCGACAAAUUUUCCCCGGGGCUCCAGUAAAUCACUGAUGACUCCGGCAGGAGAAUCCAGGGCAUCCUCUGCAGAACACAGGGGCUCUUCUUCUAAAGAACGUAAGACCUCUUCCAAGGACCGCAGGGGCCCUCCAAAGGACCGGGUGAUCUUGGCUGCCACCUUCUGUGCUCCCAGGGCAGUGCCAGCACCUCGGGCACACCUGCCAAACACCUGGAGGAAUGUGCCUGGGACCUCUGAGACCUUCACUGCCACCUCAAGGGCCUUCCCAGCUACCUCUCCCUUUCAGCCUGCCUCUUCUUAUGCCUUCCCAGGCCCAUCUCUCACCCCAGAGGCCCCAAGGUCACUGCCAUUUCCCCUGCAGGAUCCCUUUGCCUGUGCAGAAGGACUGCCUGCAGGUGCAUGGGCUCCACAGCCUCAUGUGAAUGCCGUGCAGGCAUCUAAGGCAGUGCCCACCAUCCUCAUGGCUACAGCAGCUGCCCCCGAGGCAACUGCCACCUCCCCAGAGGCCUCAAAGACAGUUGAGCCUCCACGUCGCUCAGGCAAAGCCACCCGGAAGAAGAAGCAUCUGGAAGCUGCAGAGGACAGCCGUGGCCAUACAUUGGCCUUUCGUGACUGGCAGGGUCACAGGCCCUGGGAGAAUGUGAAUCUGAGUGCCUGGGAGGUCCAGAGCCCCCUCCGUGCCUUGGGUGACUGGGAGCACCCAAGCAUUUCCCAUGGCCUGAAUGGCUGGGAGGGCCCUAGCACCUGCAGGGUCCUGAGUGGCUGGGAGGGGCCCAGCACAUCUUGGGCUCUGAGUGCCUGGGAGGGGCCCAGCACCUCCAGGGCCCUGGUUGCCUCUGAAGGCCCAGGUAGCCCUCAUUCCUUGAUCAUAUCUGAGGUCCCCUGUCUCUCUCAAGGUUCCAGCCAGGAUGACCCCAAGGUGGAGGCACAGCAUUUGUCUCCCCUGGAUGAGAGAGCAGAUGCACUGGUGCAGUUCCUCUUGGUCAAGGACCAAGCUAAGGUGCCAAUCCAGCGCUCAGAGAUGGUGAAAGUCAUCAUCCGAGAAUACAAAGAUGAGUGCUUGGACAUUAUCAACCGUGCCAACAGUAAGCUGGAGUGUGCCUUCGGGUGUCAGCUGAAGGAAAUUGAUACCAUAAACCACUCCUACGUUAUCGUCAACAAGCUGGGGCACCCUAAAGGUAAUUUGGUGGCUUCCUAUUUAGACAAACCCAAACUAGGGCUCCUGAUGGUGGUCUUGAGUCUUAUUUUUAUGAAGGGCAAUUGUGUCAGAGAGGAUCUCAUCUUCAGUUUUCUGUACAGGUUAGGGGUGGAUGUCCGGGAGGUGAAUGGUCUCUUUGGAAACACGAAGAAGCUCAUCACUGAAGUGUUUGUGAGGCAGAAGUACCUUGAGUACAGACGAAUCCCCCACACUGACCCAGCCGAGUACGAGCUCCUUUGGGGCCCCCGAGCACUCCUCGAAACCAGCAAGAUGCUUGUCCUGAGGCUCCUCGCCAAGCUCCACAAGAAAACUCCACAGCGCUGGCCUCUCCAUUACCUUGAAGCCCUGGCAGAGGGUGACUCUGAAGAUGACAACGAUGAUGGUGAUGGCGAUAAUGAUUCUGACUCCGGUGACAGUCCUGGCAACCCCACCAGCAGUCCCCCUCCCAGCUAAAAACUGCAGCAAAUAUCCCACUCAUUUGGUUUCCCUGGCCAGAGGCCACUGACAGUGUUAGGGGGGCAUUUUGUUCCAGUGUUUACGUUCCAGUACCAUGUGUGUAAGUUUGGAUUUCCCAUUUGGUUCCAUAUCUGCCAAAGCUUUGUACAUUUUCAUGUGGUAUUGAUUUCAAUCGGCUACUGUUCUCCUUGGUAUUUUGGCAUUUGUAUUUUUAAGUGAGAUCUGUGGUUUCCUGUUUUGUGUUAUAAUUGUUAUGUUUUGGUAUCAGAGUUGUGCUGGCUUUGUGAAAUGAAUUGAGAAGCUAUCCAUCUCAUUCUGGUACUGAUUUUGUAGCACUGUAAUCAGUUGUUCUUUGAACGUUAAAAUAACUCAUCUGUAAAAACUGUCUACAGAAAAGUAAAUAUCUAUAUCUAUAUAUAUAUAAAUAUACUUUCAGCAUAACA